AUGGCUGGUUUGUUUGAUAAGCAAGCUGAAAUUUACUUGGAUGCUAGGCCGACUUAUCCAAGCAAGUUGUACUCUAUGGUUGCUGCUCUCACCCCUCACCGCUCUUUAGCUUGGGAUGUUGGCACCGGCAAUGGUCAAGCUGCUAUUGCAGUUGCUGAGCAUUAUGAUCAAGUAGUUGGAACUGAUGUGAGUGAGGCACAGUUGAAACUUGCAAUGUCACACCCUCGUGUUCGAUAUCUCCAUACUCUGUUAUCCAUCACGGAUGAUGAAUUAGUAGCACUAAUUGGAGGAGAAAAUUCAGUUGAUUUGGUGACUGUGGCCCAAGCUGUCCACUGGUUUGACUUCCCCAAGUUCUACUCUCUUGUGACACGCCUUCUAAGAAAGCCAGGAGGUAUAAUUGUUGUUUGGAUCUAUUCUGACAUAGUAGUUAGCCCCAUUUUUGAUCCUGUAAUGAAGCACUUUCAUGACACCACUCUUCCCUAUUGGAACCCAAAAAUACAAUACAUAUUUGAUGCUUAUAAGACACUUCCAUUUCCAUUUGAAAGUGUAGGUUUAGGAUGUGAGGGGAAACCACAGCCACUAGAUAUACCAAAGGAGACAUCAUUUGAGGGAAUCUUGAGGAUGUUAAGGUCAUGGUCUCCAGUAACUACAGCCAAUGAUCAAGGUGUUGAUUUGUUAUCUGAAAGUGUGGUUAAAGAGUUUGAGAGUGCUUGGGGGGGACCUACAUUGGUUAGAUCAGUCAUUUAUAAGGGUUUUAUGCUUGCCGGAAAAGUUAGACUUUAG